AUUCACUGUUAAAAUCAAUAUUCCAAUCGAACUUUCGGACUGUUAUUUCUUAUGAUUAUGUGCAGAAAUGGAAGAUCUAUGCACAAAAGCUGUGAAAAUAUUUAUGGAAAAAGUGACAAAAAUGAUCUUACGCCAAAAAUUGGUAAAUUAUGUGAUAAAAAAUAUAGGCCAAAUACCAAUGUUUAUAUCCGGCAGCAGAGUUGAGUGCAUUCAAGGACUAGAUUCUGAUACCGAUAUCAUAUACGAAUCGAAAACUAUCGUGGCAACAGCUAACACUGAACAAGCCGGGAGUCUACUACCUAGCACCAAACGUGACUACGACGCUAUUGUUGUUAUGGAAACAUCAAAUACACACGCUGGCUAUACAAAAGUGAAGGUGUUUGAUAUCAAUCAAAACCUGUCUCAACCCCAGAUAGAUGUUAUGUCCCUUUGUCCCGAUGAUGCAAAAUUCGUCUCCAGUGAACAGGUAUCACAAUAUUGGAAGAAGGAAAUAGCAAAAGGUGUCAUAUUCCCAUCUCAUGGUAUGUAUAAAGAAUAUCAACCUCAUGGACCGUGUACAACAUUCAAGUACGGUGGAAUAAUGCAGAUCUACGAUAUAGACACACUCUUUUCCUUGAAAUGCAAAUGGCCGGAAACAGCCACAAAAUGGUUAACAGAACACCGCAAGUGUAAAUGGCCUGAUCAGAACACUUUAGCGACGAUUGAGUCAAUGGGCUGUAGUUUGGUUCCCAUAGGACACGCCUCCUCCUCCGAAAAGGGCUUAGAAUGGAGAAUAUCCUUUAACAAGGCUGAGCGAGAGCUUGUGUGGUCUUUCAAUGGUACUCAAUACGCGUGUAUUGACUUUAUGAAGAUUUUUUUUCACGCAAAAAUCAGCCCAAAGUUUCCAGAUGUUUUUCCAUCAUACUUCAUCAAAACAACUAUGUUUUGGAUGAUAGAGGAAACAGCAUCUGAAAUGUGGAGACCGGAAAAUCUAUCGGAGUGUCUGGAAGAGUUGUUGAACAGACUAAUUACUUGUAUUGAGGAAAAGAAAGUAAGAAAUUAUUUCAUUCCGUUGAAUAACAUGAUGGACACAAGAUCCACAUUGGAUUUGGAAAAUCUUCUUUCAGAAUUGAGGAUGUACAAACAACUCGGACCCGACAAAUGGACAGAAAUUAUCAAGUUAAGAGUAGAUGAAGUGGAUGAAAAUGACAUAUAUUUGCACCACGUAGAAAUCAAUUCCCUGUGUGUUGUUCGCCAUAUCACUAUGACCACCCUUGAUACUAUGGAACCAGACACAUUUUGUUCAAAAUUAAAAAACAUAAAUGACCAUUUGGAACGAGCUAUAGGCCUACGUUUUUCACAGAAUACUUGUUUGAACUUACAAAGUGAAAUAGGAACAAUUCAUGAGCUUCAAAGCUUCUUCUUGUCAGGAGAAGACACGGAUAAGGCGAGAGAUAAUCUUCAACCUUUACUUCAAAAGCAAGCCGAUACGACCUUCUGUUGUGGUCGAAUGAUGCUAGCUACGCUUCAUUUAUAUCAAAAAUCAUAUAGCGAAGCACAAGCUAUUGUUGAAGAUGUCAUCAGAGGCUACACCAACAAAGUGGUUCAUUACACGUUCCAUAACAGAGACAAGACUCCGAAAGACGAAGACUAUGCCGACAUGUAUCGCACAAAAUCAAGUACUUUUCAUGAAACGUUAAAGCGUUUCAUAGCGUUUGAUAUAGCAUGUCUUCCCAUUUUGAAAAAGUUUUACCCAAAAGCUGUUGGGAGCGUGAUGCAGAAUACUGAUUCGGUUUUGUUCAUCAAUCCUUUGUUCUAUGCUCAUGUCAUACAUUUGCAUUGCUGUGUUGCAUCUGGGAAUCUCACUAGGGCAUCUCAGGUAGCUGAUGAUUUGGUCUCAUUCAUGACAAAAAAAUCCAAAAUCAUCCGACAGACAUCGGACACUUCUUUAUAUCAUAUAGCAAGGGAGUGUCUAAAGAUGGUUGGCAGGUCUGAAGAAGACAUUGCAUCUAUUAUCAACCCAUUUGAAGUGAUACUGGAUUAAUUUGCCUCCUGGAUGCACUGGCUGGAUACGGCACUAGCUGAUGAUAGAUAUCAUGUCGUUUACCGUGAAAAGGAUCUGGUUGUACCACAGACUACAACCUUCUGUAUCACAAAAACAAUAUCGACCACAAGUACUAUCUUGGAACAUACUGAUGACAACGACUUCUGUAUAUUUUGGAUAAUACAAUACAUGCGUGUUUACAUGUAAAACAUACUGUUAGUCAAACAGUUACAAAAAACUCUAAUGGUGGAUUCGAAAAUUGAGAGUAAAAAAGUAAUAUAUAUUGCGAUACAAAUAUAAUAGAAAUACAAAUUAAACCUCGUUAUUUAAAACCAUUUGCAAUGCUAUAGUUUGGAGAUAUAAAUGGCAUUGGCAAUACAGUAUAUAGAGAAAACAUUUAAAAGGAUUGUUUAAAAAGAAACAAAAAGGGCAUAUCUAUGUUGAGGGUAUUUGAGAUGAAGUAAAACAAGGGAAAUGUAGAUAAACCAAAAUAUAUUACUAUCACAGUGUUAUAAGCAAACUUAUACCAAUGCCAUCAGUGUUUCUCCUUUAGCAUCUGAAAUCGUGAGGCCAUUGUAUACAGGGCCAAUCAAUAAGGUAACGUUAGGAAGCUUCGGAAAUAUCCAUUUUACUGGCGAUACAAACACUUCCAAAUCUUAAAUAUCAUAGAUCACCAAUUCCCAUAACUUUGUUAUGCUAACAUAAACGAAAUAGACGGAUUCUUUUUCAUGCUGAUAUGCAGCCACCACGAACACAUUCAUAAUGUUAAACUUACCUAAGCUGGCUUCAUUAAAGAUAUAACCGAUUUUCAUUUAUUCCGGAAACAAACAAACGUUCAAUACCUAUUUUACAAAUGACUGAAAUUUGAAAAAAAAACAAUUGUCCGCUUAUUAUACGACAUAAAAAAGAUAUUUCCUUUUGCGAUUGCAAAAUAUAUCAUACUUCAUGAGAUAUUUUAAUCGAAUGUUAUAACAUGGUGCAUAUUUGUGUAAGCAUGACACUGCCACCAAUAUACAAAUGAACUAUGUAACAAUGACAGACACACAUUGGUAGGGACCUAUAUUGGUGAUUUCAGUUUCAUUCUGACGUCACAAUGGUACGUUAGCUACAUGAAUCACAUAGAAAUGAAAAUAGAUUUUAAUUUUGCUGUCAAUAUGAAAUGAACUACAUCUAAUUAAAAAAAAACAUUAUUUUGCGUCACAACAGUGAACCACGAUGACAAAGGCAAUAUGAAUGCUUACUCAUUAAAUAAAGGUCAGUGACUAUUACCUGAAAGAAGUUCGCUGCUUCAUUGUUUUGUAUUACAGUAAUCACGCGGAAGUUGUAAAGCCUUUAUUUCGAUAAACAUUCCAACUCAAAAUGUUUUGAAAGCAUAUCAAAAAGAGGUUUUACAUUUUAAAAUCCUCCAAUCGAACUGUCCUGGUAUUUCAUAUGAACUGUUAGAUUAAUCGGGAACCAGUCAUCGUUAAAUUUGAACAAUGAUGAC